GCGGCGCGGGCAGCGGAGCAGUAAAGAUGGCCGCGCGCGGGUCUCCGCCCUCCGCUCCCGGCUGAGACGCUUGGCGGCGGCUGCGGCGGCGGCCCGCAGCAGCGGCGGCGAUGGCGGAGAUGGAGCACCUGGGCGGGAAGCGGGCCGAGUCGGCGCGGGCACGGCGGGCCGAGCAGCUGCGGCGCUGGCGGGGCUCGCUGACGGAGCAGGAGCCCGCCGACCGGCCGGGCGCGGAGCUGCCGCCGCAGGCUCAGCGCGGGGGCCCGCGGGUCCGCUUCGAGGACGGCGCCGUGUUCCUGGCCGCCUGCUCUAGCGGGGACACCGACGAGGUGAGGCGGCUCCUGGCCCGGGGCGCCGACGUGGACACGGCCAACGUGGACGGCCUGACCGCCCUGCACCAGGCUUGUAUUGAUGAAAAUGUGGACAUGGUGAAGUUUCUGGUGGAGAACGGAGCCAGUGUGAACCAGCAGGACAGCGAGGGCUGGACGCCCCUCCACGCAGCAGCGUCCUGUGGCCACCUCAACAUCGCGGAGUAUUUCAUUAACCAUGGAGCCAGCGUGGGUGUUGUGAACAGUGAAGGGGAAGUCCCCUCUGACCUCGCAGAAGAGCCUGCCAUGAAGGAUCUUCUUCUGCAGCAAGUGAAGAAGCAAGGGGUCGAUCUCGAGCAGUCGAGGAAGGCAGAGGAACAGCAGAUGCUGCAGGACGCCCGCCAGUGGCUCAACAGCGGGAAAAUACAGGAUGUGAGGCAGGCGCGCUCAGGGGCCACUGCCCUCCACGUGGCUGCCGCCAAGGGCUACUAUGAGGUCCUCAGACUUUUGACUCAGGCUGGCUAUGAGCUCAAUGUCCAGGACCGCGACGGCUGGACCCCGCUCCAUGCCGCCGCACACUGGGGGGUGAAGGAGGCGUGCUCCAUCCUGGCAGAAGCCCUCUGUGACAUGGACGUCAGGAGCAAACUGGGCCAGACACCGUUUGAUGUGGCUGACGAGGGCCUCGUGGAGCACCUGGAGAUGCUGCAGAAGAAGCAGAGCGUGCUUCGAAGUGAAAAAGAGACACGGAAUAAGCUCAUUGAGUCGGACCUGAACAGCAAGUUGCACGGUAGACUCUUUAAGAACAAAGAGAAGAUGCUCUAUGAGGAGGAGACACCAAAGCCCCAAGAAAUGGAGGAUGAAAACAAAGAAUCCAGCAGCUCCAGCUCAGACGAGGACGAAGGUGAAGAUGAGGCUUCUGAGUCAGAAACCGAGAAGGAGGCGGGUGAUGCCGAGACCCUCUGUCUGCAGAGCACGGGGGGUCACUGCUUGUCACAAGAUAAAAAGCCGGGAGCCGUCGUCAACCGUUCCAACUCCGAAAGCAAGAGUAGUGCCGCCGAGCAGACACCAGCACCAGCGCAGAUCACCUCCUCCACCUCUUCAGCCAGGAGAUUCUCCGGCCUUUUCAACAAGCCGGAAGAGCCCAGAGAUGAGUCUCCGUCUUCGUGGAGGCUGGGCCUCAGGAAGACCGGCAGCCAGAACGUGCUGGGCGAGGCGGCCAGGUCCAGGGAGGCCCUGCGGGACCGGGGCGCGUCCAUCCACCGCUCGGCCUCCAGCCCCCGCAUCUCCACUGUGCUGGACACCAGAGAAAAGGAGCGAGAAAGCAGAAGCUCUUUCAGCGCACUGGGGCCGCGGAGGCUGAGCGCCGCCAGCGACCUGGAGGAGAAGGAGAACAGAGAGUCGGCUGCUCACCUGGUGCGGAGUGGCCCCCCCGCCCGCCAGCUGCGGAGGGACGGAGCGGAGGGGAGUGAAUCUCUGCAGACAGCCGCCCCUUCCACCUACGUGACAACCUACCUGAAAAGGCCUCCUUACAAAUCCCAGGCUGACUCCGCAGCGGAGAGAACAGUAGACGGUGUCUCUUGCGGCACCCCGCUCUGUGUGAUCACGAAUCGCCCCCCACCUAGCACUGCCAAUGGGGUUACAGCUGCCGCUCUGCUCUCCACUCCUGGAACGGACUCCUCUGUGGAAGCCAGGGAGAGGAGGAGGUCGUAUCUGACUCCUGUACGGGACGAGGAAGCAGAGUCGUUACGGAAAGCGCGCUCCAGACAAGCUCGGCAGACUCGCAGGUCUACCCAGGGUGUAACCCUGACGGAUCUCCAGGAAGCAGAAAGGACGUUCAGCCGGUCGAGGGCAGAGCGUCAGGCUCAGGAACAGCCCAGCCCGAAGCCCGUGGGCCCCAGAGGGCUCGACGGCAGCACCCAGAAGCAUGAGCCCCUGGCAGCCCCUGCAGAGGAAGCUGGGGAGAGCCGCCAGCCCUGGGACCGGGGUCUGGAGGAUCAGCCUGUGUAUCGUCGCCUGAGGAUUCCGGCUCAACCAGACAAACCCAUGACACCAGUGUCACCUCCUGCCCCGAGACCCUCCCUCUACACCAGUUCCUACCUGCUCCGGACGGGUAGGUCUUCAGCCCCUGAUUCAGAGAGUUCAGAGCCCCCCGCCAGCCCUGCAGGGGCAAAGGAAAUGGACAAAAACGAGGGCGAAGAAGCAGAUUUGGGUGAUCAGUCGUCUAACAGGCUGUCCAUUCGUGAGAGGAGGCGGCCCAAGGAGCGACGAAGAGGCACAGGCAUCAACUUCUGGACGAAGGAUGAAGAUGAAACUGAUGUCUCGGAAGAGGUGAAAGCAGCGUGGGUCUUUACCUUCUGAGGAGACAGUCUGAGAUGGUGGGUUCCCGGUCUGUCCCUUAUCGGCGUUUCUCACCUGAGCCGUCCCUUCCUACCUCCCAGGGACCUACAGGCACGGCUGGACGCAGGCAGUCGCUUGCCACGUGAGAAGUGCAGCUCUUUGUAGGCUCUGACCACAGCCGAGUUGGCGCCUGACACUCACAGGUUCUUAGGAGGGUGCCUGUCCAAAGGUCGUUGCUUGCUGUCAGUCACUCUAACGGCUGGUUAUCAUUUGAAUUCCUCAGGAGUAGAUUCUGGAAUUUAUUGUCUUUUGCCUUGUUAACUUUCAGUCUGCAGAAUAUAUGCAGGAAGAAUUGCGGGCGGGGGGGGGGCGGAUUUGCAGAGGGGUUGACAUAAAUCUUCAAAGCUUUGACCCUGCUUUUACUUGAAAUGAUAUUUAAAAGGAGUGGAUUUUUAGAAAGAAGCUAAUGAAAUUUUGAUCCUUCAACAAUUUUAGGGAAAAAAGUGAUGAAAGCUGACAGUAAUCUGUCACAGUAAAGACUCCUAUCAGAUGUGGGAACUGAUGAUAGGUUAGCACAAUUAAUUUUGUGCCAAGUAAGCAAAACCAGACCUUCUCUUGAGAAUACGGGUCUACCUAACGUGUGCCUGUUGUCCAAGAAGUCUCUUGGGUCACCGGUGACCUUUGGUGCUCAGGAAUAAAACGGUGAAAUACCUUUCGGGCACCUGCGAGAUUAUUUCUGGCGUGCUUGACUCGGAGCUCUGGGCAGGCUUGGGUACUGGCGCCCAGCGAGCUGAGCGGUUCUCGGUGAUGACGGGUGAAGGUAACAGGUAGAGCUUCUGCCGUCGUCGUCCUCAAGCUGGUCAGGAAGAACCAGUGCGGUCAUUUGUUUAGGACAUGGAUUUUCGAGCCUCUCCCCACGCGAUUCCGAAUUGGUGGAGGGUGGAAAGCCUGGGAGCCUGCAUCAUACAAGCCUCCAGGGGAAUCCCAACGGGCAGGUUUCACAGACACUGUCCUCGAGGUACGUGAACGUUUAGGGGUUGCUAGCAUCCCAGGGAGGCCGUCAUAAAGCCUAGGACUCCCUGGGGCACAGCUCAGAGCCAGCCUCCACUCCUUGCCGCCCUGCAGAAGGCACGCACUGAUUGGGUGCCCGCCAUGUGUCGGGCUGCGCGCCUCGGGGAUGCAGGAGUAUGACAGCAGGCAUGCUCACAUCCUGAGGGGCAGGAGCCGGUCCUGUUAGACGCCCCCAUCGAGACACCUAACAGGCCGUUGAACCGAGGAACCUGGUGGUUGUGGAAGACGUGCGACAGAUCUGGAGUCACUGCCUUAGGACGGGGAUUUAGUGCCCGAGGACUGGGUGAGAUUGCUCAGGAAAAGGGCACAGUUAGCACAAAAGGGCCUGUGGCUACGUUCCAGAUUAUUCCAGGGCUGGCCCUGGACAAGACCCAGAGUAUUUCUCCGAUUGUAAUGGAAGAACGUGUACAGAUAAGUUGGUGGAUCUCAUGGUGGGAAAACGAAGUAGCUCUGAUCUGCCUUUUUGUCACAUACACACUUUAUAUGUACAGAGCAAUCAGAGCCUGUUAGAAUCCAGAUGAAAGAUAACGAAAUAGGUCUCUAGUGCUUCGCGUGGACUGAACGGGAGAAGUCGGCAGGACUCACUGUCUUCCUGGCUGUGGGGCGGGAGCAUCGCGGGAGUGUGGGGUGGCUGGGAAGAUGCAGGGGCGGGGGAGACGGUGCUGGCUUGGAGCCAGAGACCUACAUUCAGAGCCAGUUCCACCUCUUAUUUGCUGUAUGGCCGUGGAAAAGUCGUUUAACUUCUCGGAACUCUGACAGUGCUUUAAUCUGCAAAAUGAGAUCACUCUUCCUGUCUCACAGGCUUAAUGUAAGGAACAGCAGUACAAAUGUUUUUUACUUUAGAUAGUGCCAAGCUUUUAAUAAAUGAAAGCUACUAGUAUAAUGGUCCUACACGUGUCUCCUUCCCCCCGUCUUUGAGCUUCUUUAUUCCCAUUCCUUGGAAUGCUCUUCUUGCUUUAUUGCCUCUUUCUCCGACUCCCCCUCCCUUUUUAGUGCACAUUCAUGUUUUAGGCUAAGCUCCACCUCCUCCAAGAAGCCUUCCUUUGAUCCCUCCUCCGACUGGACUAGAGUCUUCUCAGUAUCUUGAAUUUACCUUUAAUACACGGUGAUUAUCAUUAUUAGAUUGUAUUUGCCAAUUAAAGUAAAAUCCUUAAAGGUG